AUGAAGCACUCAUACCUUGAAAGUUUAAACCUUCGUAAUUUUCGAGUUAUGAAAAAUAAUGACGCUUUCUUUGAACUUAACAAUUAUGCUUUUAUUAAAGCCAUAGGAAAAGGUUCAUAUGGUGAAGUUUGGCUAUGCCAAAAUGGCUGUGAUAAAAAGCAGUAUGUGAUUAAAAAAAUAUAUCUCCAAAAAACAAAUGAAAAAGAACGUAAUGCAGCUAAUCUUGAAUGCAAGCUAUUAGCACAGCUUAAACAUCCAAAUAUUGUUCAAUACAAAGAUUCCUUUGAAUUCAAAGAUAAUCUAUACAUUGCAAUGAGCUUUUGUGAAGGUGGAGAUCUGUACACACGGCUUAGAAAUCAAAACGGUGUUUUUCUUGAUGAACGACAAUUAGUUGAGUGGUUUGUUCAGAUUGCUAUUGCUCUUCAAUACAUGCAUGAAAGAAACGUUUUACAUCGCGAUCUGAAAACUCAGAACAUCUUCCUUACUCGUUCCAAAAUAAUAAAAGUGGGAGACUUGGGAAUUGCUCGUGUUUUGGAGUCAUCUCAUUCUAUGGCUACAACUAUGAUCGGUACUCCAUAUUAUAUGAGUCCAGAAUUGUUCGCAAAUAAACCUUACAAUCACAAGUCUGAUAUUUGGGCUCUUGGCUGCGUUGUGUAUGAAAUGGCUACACUUAAACAUGCCUUCAACGCAAAAAGCUUCAACUCGUUAUCCUAUAAAAUUCUUAGCGGAAAGAUACCAGAAAUGCCUAAAGAAUAUAGUCUUGACUUGAUUAAUCUGAUUAGAGCAAUGCUGAAUCUAAAGCCAGAAAAGCGACCUUCUGCUCGCAGGAUACUUAGUGACGCAUUUAUAAGGAGUCACAUAGUACUCUUUUUGGAACUAACGAAGGAUAAGUCUAAGAGUGCUAACCCUAAAACUUGUAUGGAUUCUUCGGCUUCAUCCUCUUUAUACGCCGAUGGUGGCGAUACUUCUUCUUCUACUCCUUUGGCACAGGAAAAGUUACUUCCUAUAUAUGAUCCUAAAGAAAGCUAUCUAGAUAAAGAGAGGAAAAAGACUGAGUUUGAGUUUCUAUCUCCCGUUGAUUCCAUUUUAGUUAGAGCUGUUCGACUGGAGAGAAGCAAUGAACCCAUAGAAGGUGAUUCUGGAGGCAAUAAAUCCAAUAGAUCAAUUUUUAAAUGUGAAGAAAAUUCCAAAGCCGAAAUUGAUAACUACAAUCUCCUUAAUUUGGAUGCACGACAAAGGCGUAGAGAAAGAAGGCGUGUCGUUAAUUCUUCCGGUAAGAAAAACGAACAUAUAUGUAGCUAUGCUAUAAAAGAAAAAAUUGUUGCCUUUAGUGAUUCUAGAUGUAUUUUAUUCCUUCCAUUAGCAGUAAGAAAAAGUCUUAUGAUGUAA